CGGCCCCGCCCCCUUCCCUGCCCCUCCGCGGAGGGCCGCGCUCGCCCGCUCCCUCAGCUGCUCGCGUCUCUCCCUCGGCCCGGCGUCCUAGCUCCCGCCUCUAGGUGUCCGGCUCCUCGCGAACAACUUUGCCACAGGCCCGGAGGCCCGAAGGCGUCGCAGAGUAGCGUGCGGCCCACUCGCGGCCGGGGUGAGGAUUGAAGGCAAAGCCACCCAUCUGCCUGUCACACUGGCGGUACCCGGCUCCCAGCACUGUGUGCAGCCCCCCACCCCUGAGAACAUGCACUGAGCAGAGCACAGUCCAGAUAUUAAGUCCCUUCCUGCUGCUGUUCCCGACACAGGUGUGGCGGUGCAAGUUGGCUCUUGUCAAGGAUGGACCCUGGUGCGCCCCCUGCCAGCCCUUCUGGCCCACAGCCUCCUCCGUCGCUGCAGCCCCAGGCCCGCUCGAGGCUCAAUGCUACUGCCUCGUUGGAGCAGGACAAGAGUGAGGCGCCCCGAGCUCCUGGACCCCAGGUUGGCCCUGGACCAGACGUGGGAGACAUAGCUGCCCCAGCUAUGGCUCGGGCCCCGAGUGCUCGGAGCCGAGAAAGAGCAGACCGAACAGGGCCCGUGAGGGGAGAUGUGGAAGUGUCCUUUGAAGAAGUCCUGGAGAAGGCCAAAGCAGGGGAUCCCAAGGCACAGACGGAGGUGGGGAAACACUACCUGCAGCUCGCCGGUGACGCAGAUGAGGAGCUGAACAACUGCACCGCUGUGGGCUGGCUGAUCCUCGCCGCAAAGCAGGGCCGGCGCGAGGCUGUCAAGCUUCUUCGUCGGUGCCUGGCAGACAGGAAAGGCAUCACUUCUGAGAACGAGCAGGAGGUGAAGCAGCUCUCCUCCGAGACGGACCUGGAGCGGGCCGUGCGCAAGGCGGCCCUAGUCAUGUACUGGAAGCUCAACCCCAAGAAGAAGAAGCAGGUGGCUGUGUCAGAGCUGCUGGAGAAUGUCGGUCAGGUCAAUGAGCACGAUGGAAGGGCACAGCCAGGCCCAGUCCCCAAGUCCCUACAGAAGCAGAGGCGGGUGCUGGAGCGCUUGGUUAGCAGUGAAUCUAAGAGCUACAUAGCGCUGGACGACUUUGUGGAGAUCACCAAGAAGUAUGCCAAAGGCGUCAUUCCUGCCAACCUGUUCCUGCAGGACGAUGAUGACGAUGAGCUGGCGGGCAAGAGCCCCGAGGACCUGCCCCUGCGCCUGAAGGUGGUCAAAUACCCCUUGCACGCCGUCAUAGAGAUCAAAGAGUACCUGAUCGACAUGGCGUCCCGGGCAGGCGUGCACUGGCUGUCGACCAUCGUCCCCACCCACCACAUCAACGCCCUCAUCUUCUUCUUCAUCAUUAGCAACCUGACCAUCGACUUCUUCGCCCUCUUUAUUCCCCUGGUCGUCUUCUACCUGUCCUUCAUCUCCAUGGUGAUCUGUACACUCAAGGUGUUCCAGGACAGCCGGGCCUGGGAGAGCUUCCGCACCCUCACGGGCCUGCUCCUGCGCUUCGAGCCCAACCUGGACGUGGAGCAGGCGGAGGUAAACUUCGGCUGGAACCACCUGGAGCCGUACCUCCACUUCCUGCUGUCCGUCGCCUUCGUCAUCUUCUCCUUCCCCCUUGCCAGCAAGGACUACAUUCCCUGCUCAGAGCUGGCCGUCGUGUCCGUCUUCUUCACGGCCACCAGCUACAUGAGCCUGAGCACCUCCGCUGAGCCCUAUACCAGGAGGGCCCUGGUGACCGAGGUGGCCGCUGGCCUGCUCUCCCUGCUGCCCACGCUACCCUUCAACCUGCACCCCCUGAAGCUACUGGGCCAGACCUUCCUCACCGUGCCCCUCGGCCCCCUCAUCGUCCUGAACGUCAGCCUCCCCUGCCUGCUCUAUGUCUACUUGCUGUACCUCUUCUUCCGCAUGGCACAGCUGAGGAACUUCAAGGGCACCUACUGCUACCUGGUGCCCUAUCUGGUCUGCUUCAUGUGGUGCGAGCUGAGCGUGGUCAUCCUGCUCGAGUCCACCGGCCUGGGGCUGAUCCGUGCCUCCAUAGGCUACUGCCUCUUCCUGUUCGCUCUCCCGAUCCUGGUGGCCGGCCUGGUGCUGGUGGGUGUGGUGCAGUUCGCCCGCUGGUUCCUGGCCCUGGAGCUCACCAAGAUCGCUGUCGCUGUGCUGGUGUGUAGCGUGCCCCUGCUGGUCCGCUGGUGGACCAAGGCCAACUUCUCGGUGCUGGGGAUGGUCAAGUCCCUGACGCGCAGCUCCAUCGUCAAGCUCAUCCUGGUGUGGCUCACGGCUAUUGUGCUCUUCUGCUGGUUCUAUGUGUACCGCUCGGAGGGCAUGAAGGUAUACAACUCCACGCUGACCUGGCCGCAGUACAGCUUCCUGUGUGGGCCCCGGGCCUGGAAGGAGACCAACAUGGCCCGCACGCAGAUUCUGUGCAGCCACCUGGAGGGCCACCGGGUCACAUGGACGGGCCGCUUCAAGUACGUGCGUGUCACGGAGAUCGACAACAGCGCCGAGGCAGCCAUCAACAUGCUGCCGUUCUUCGUGGGUGACUGGCUGCGCUGCCUCUACGGCGAUGCCUACCCGGCCUGCAGCCCCAGCAGUGGCCCUACAGCUGAGGAGGAGCUCUGCCGCCUCAAGCGCCUGGCCAAGCACCCCUGUCAUAUCAAGAAGUUCGACCGCUACAAGUUCGAGAUCACAGUGGGCAUGCCGUUCAGCAGCACCAACGGCUCCCGCGGCCCGGAGGAGGAUGAUGUGACCAAGGACAUCGUGCUGCGGGCCAGCGGCGAGUUCAAGGAUGUGCUGCUCGGCCUGCGCCAGGGCAGCCUCAUUGAGUUCAGCACUGUCCUCGAGGGCCGCCUGGGUAGCAAGUGGCCUGUCUUCGAGCUCAAGGCCAUCAGCUGCCUCAACUGCAUGGCCCAGCUGUCACCGGCGCAGCGGCACGUGAAGAUCGAGCGCGACUGGCGCAGCACCGUGCAUGGCGCGGUCAAGUUCGCCUUCGACUUCUUCUUCUUCCCGUUCCUGUCAGCGGUGUGAGGGCGUGCCACCCCGCCCCCCCAAAUGAAGAGCUGUCCAUGCAUGUCCCUGUCAGGACCUGACCCUUGCGUGGCCCCCCUAGCCUGACGGCACGACACCGACGCUGAGUGUAUGUGUGUGCGCAGAUGGCAUGCUUGGAGACCGCAUCACGUGCCUCUGCUCACACCCCCGGCGUCGUGGGAGAGUGCAUGCCCGGGGUCCGGCCAUGGUCCCGGCCCCAAAGAGCACUUUACAGAUGAGCUGCUCUCCGCACCCCCUUCCAAGUUCCCUGGCCCUGUUCCCAUUUGUGUUGGGUUUGUUUUUUAAAGAACCGCAUGUGCUGUUGUAUGAAGUCCGUGAGGCAUUUCUCAUUGGGUCACAGCUAAGCCUUGACCACUGUCAGCCAAUCCGGGGCCAAUGCAGGUCCAAGAGCCUGCACGUGAGGCUGUGGGAGGUGGCGGCUCUGCGCAGAGCAUGUUCAUGCGGAGCUCUGGACCCCACGGCUGCCUGGCAGCUCUCUUGUUGGUGCGUGUGGGUGAGUGGAUGAGGGUCUUGAGGCAUCAACCAGCACUAGGAAAUGAGAAGAAACUAGAGAGUUCCUUCCUGGCCCUUGGAAAAGCUUGGCCUAUGUUCAGUACUGGGAAGCUGAAAGUGAAGGUCCUCACAGAGCCAAAAUAAAAACAUUUCUUGAAGUCU